AUGUGCAGGGCUGAAGCUGCUGCUUCUUCUGAUGGGCAACCAGUAUUUGGGGAAAUUGAGGUUGACACGCUCAAGAAGAUUAUACCUUUGGGAAGCAACGAGGUGAUUUUGAAUGUGAACAAUGAAACCUCCAAAAAAUGUGAUAGCAUUGAGGAAGACUGUGUGCCACUUUUGCAGAAGUUGGUAGCAGAGGUGUUGGGCACAUAUUUCUUGAUAUUUGCAGGUUGUGCUUCGGUGGUGGUGAACCUUAAUAAUGAUAAGGUGGUGACACUUCCUGGGAUUGCAAUUGUUUGGGGACUUGCUGUUAUGGUUUUGGUUUACUCUAUUGGUCACAUCUCUGGUGCACAUUUUAAUCCAGCUGUUACUGUUGCUCAUGCUACCACCAAAAGUUUUCCCGUGAAGCAGGGGCAGAGGAAAAGAAUGAAGAGUUAAGUGCCGGUGGGGUAUCCAAGUUUGGGAAACGACAUGUAAAACCUGUUUAUGUCAUAAAAAAUUCAGUUGUAUACUAAAUGUGUUUCGAUUUAUCAUAUAGCAGUAAUCUGUUCUCAUGCUGUUUGAUCGCAGCAAUCUCAUAUGAAAUUGCCUCAAUGGCCAUGGAUUUUAAUAAUAAGGUUUUUCUCAUUCAGUAUGCACACUUGAUGACUCUACUCACUAUCAUUGUAUCAGUUUUUUCUAUCAAUUAGUGAGUGAUAUUAUAGAGAUUAACUAUUUCUCUA